UCAGCUCGGUCAUGUGAUCAGCUGUGCCCAAUCACAACUGAUCGCAUAGGAGAGCCAGUAAUCAGCAUUCUUUGGAGGGGACAUGUGCACUGAUCAUCAGGGCACUGAUGAUCAGUGUGCCCUGAUGAUCAGUGUAGCCCCAGCAGUGCCAUCUGUCAGUGGCCAUCAGUGCCAGCUCUCAGUGCUCAUCCAUGCCACCUGCCAGUGCCCAUCAGUGCCACAUCAAUGCCACAUAUCAGUGCCUACCAGUGCACAUCAAUGCCACAUAUCAGUGCCCAUCUGAGCCGCCUUUCAGUGUCACCCAUCAGUGCCAGUCAGUGCCAUCUAUCAAUGCCAAUCAGUGCCACCUAUCAGUGC